AGGUCAUCAUGGUGGCGUACAUGCUGGGCGCAGCGCUGUGCGUGCCGAUGGCCGGAUUGCUCGCCGACAGGGUUGGUCGGAGGCCCGCAAUUAUGGGUUGCGUUCUCGCCCUGCUAUGUUUCAGCAUCGGCUGCGCAGUCUCGCAAACUCUCAUCAUGUACGUGGUGACGAGGUUCUUCGUGGCGGCUUCUAGUUGCUCCGCGCAGGUGCUGAUAUUCAUCCUGCUCUACGAGAUGACUGGCAACGAGCGACGCGCCCUCUACGGAAUCCUUGAUACGGCCGUCGGAGUCACGACCGUGUCACCUGUACUACGCUUGACGUCUCUGCUGAAACCACACUGGGACCUGGCGCACGCAUUCCUCGUUGUGCCAACGGCCAUGCUCGUGUUCUGGUGCUACCUGCUUGAAGAGUCACCCUGCUGGCUUCUGGCGACAGGGAGGGCGCGGUCUGCAGAGCGCGUCGUCAUGUUGGCCGCCAAGACCAACGGUGUCGACCCCCACAAGGCUCGCCUCACAUUCAAGGCUCUCAGGGAGCAGCUCAAGAAGCUCGAGUCCGCGUCUACCGCGUCGAGUGCCACCGACACCUUUGCCAUGACGACUACGUUUCGCCGGCGCGCAUUCGCGGUGGUUCUCUGCUGGUUUAGCGUUAACUUCACCUACUACGGUCUGAUAGAGCGUGACGUUGCCACCGAAGACUUGUGGUUAGCCGUGGGGACCUUCCUGCAAGCGGCGCUCUACGCCAUCGUCUGGCGGCAUCUGUACAGCCACGGGCAACGCGAGACCUUUUUCAUUGCGCUCGGUCUCCUGGGGAUCCUCAUGGUGUUCCAGGUGGCCGUUCAUUUCGCCGGUGUCACUGCACUGUUCGCAUUGGCCAACACUGUCGUAGUGAGUAUGUCUGCCGUCACGCUCAGCGUGAACUACUGCUACACAGCCGAUGUGUUUCCCACCGUCGUCAGGAGCUUGGGCCUGGCUCUCUCCUAUGCCGUUGGACGUCUGGGAGUGCUGGCAGCAGGCUUUUUGGAGGAGCUAGCCUACAUCAGAAGCGAGACUUCCGUCAACAUGCUCAUGACAGUGCUGGUUCUCCUGAGCGCAGCGGCCCUCCAAUGGCUGCCAGAAAUCUUCGUGGAGAAGCGCCAGGCGGAUCCAUCCCAGGCGAGCCUAAACCCAGACCAGCGCAAGAAGAAUAUGCAGAAAUCCCUUACGCCGGUGGACACUACGCUCAAGCAGUCUUGCGCAGGGAAGCGUUCCCGCAAGGCACGCAAAAUCAAAUCACCAUCGCGGAGCAAUGCUUCACCACCACCAGAGCCCAAGGACAAGGCGGCAGACCAAGACAUGGCGUUGAAGCCGUGAUAAGAGUACGUUGUCCCUCGCUAGGCCUGGUUUACGACCAACGUGUUAAAUUUUUGACCUGACUUGUGUAUAUGUUUAUCGUACUUGCCAAUGUUAUCCAUGCUUGAUCCUUUACUGUGAACUCUAUUUCUUGCGCAUGCUUUCGAAUCGCAAAGCCCGAACUACCUGCUUGAAUAAUAUGGUUACACUUCUGACAUGCAGAGACACGCUUUGACGCUGCUGUAGCGAAAAAACACUUACAAAGACACGCCCAAGUUGUUUCGAAGGGAUCCCACGCCGUAGGUGGCGUGAUCAAUGCGUCUUAAAACAAAGUGCACAACGCGUUGGAGACUGCUGCGAAGCUGCUUAAAGCAGCAAGGCAUGACGCUAUGACUACGGUACUAGCUUUUGGGAGGAGAAAAGAUGACCAGAUUCCGAAGUGGCGGUUGAUUCUGUUCCAAGCAGCUGUUUAUUGUGAUGACAUGCCUCGUACCAUGUGUAUGGGAGCACACACCGGAUAGCAGCUAUGAUUGCUGUUUGAAGUAUCUAUGGCUAAUGGUGUCUGCGUAUCAAAUGAAGUCAUAAACGGGCG